AUGCUUGCGGUGGGCUACGUCUUGUUGGCGCUUUCGGCGCUGGCAGUUGGAGGGACACACGCUGCGACGGCCGACCAAUGGCGACGUGAGGUCAUUUACCAGAUCUUGACUGAUCGCUUUGCCAACCCCAGCCAGCCGACUGAAGCCUGUGCAGAUCUUUCCACAUACUGUGGCGGCACGUGGGCGGCGGGUGUCCCCUAUCUGGACUACAUCCGCAAGCUUGGCGCCACGGCCGUGUGGAUAUCACCCAUCCCUGACAACACCGACGGUGGCUACCAUGGAUACUGGCAGCAGAACAUGAGCCGUCUCAACGCCAACUUCGGGGAUGCCAACGGCCUGACACAAUUUGUUGAGGCAUGUCACAAGUUGGAGAUCAAAGUAAUGCUGGACGUCGUCAUCAAUCACGUUGGCAACCAGGAUUCAAGCGAUCACAACGAUUUUCAUCAAUUUUAUCCAUUCAACUCGGUUGACCAUUACCAUAGCUACUGCAUCAUUCAAGAUUUCACCAACUUGCAGCAGGUUCAGCUCUGCCGCUUGUCGGGUCUACCGGAUCUAAAUCAAUCCAAUACAUUUGUGGAUGGGUUCCUCCGUGACUGGAUCAAGUCAACCCUUCAAACCUUUGGGUUUGACGGCCUGCGCUAUGAUACCGUCAUGGAGGUGCCAGCGGCAUACUGGGCGAGCUACACUAGUGAUCUUGGUGUCUUUACCAUUGGUGAGGUUGAUGAUGGAGACGUGGCCACCGUGGCACCCUUUCAAGGGCCCCUGGAUGCCACCUUGAAUUACCCCAUGUAUUGGGCGCUUCGCCACGCCUUCCAAGAAAAGCAAUCCAUGUGGGGCAUCUCAACAACAUGGAAAGAUUGCAAAGCCUCUUUCCAGGACACAAAGCUCUUGGGGCUGUUUGUCGACAACCACGACAACCCCCGUUUCCUCAAUAUUAACAGCGAUAGCGUGGCCCUGGCCAAUGCCCUCGCUUGGAUUCUAUUUGCCGAAGGCAUUCCAAUCAUUUACUAUGGCACUGAACAGGGCUUCAGUGGUGGCAAUGAUCCUGCCAAUCGCGAGGACCUCUGGCGCUCAGGCUAUCAAACGUCAAACGCCAUCUUCACGCUGUUGACGGUGCUGACUACCUAUCGAAACACCUUACCGGAUAGCUUCUUUCAGGCCGAGCAGCUGGAGCGCUACGUGAUGGAUGAUCUCUACGUCUUUGUGCGUGGUCAGGUGAUCGUGGCCACCACAAACGGUGGAAAUGGCCACAGCACUAGUGCAUCAGUGCCUGAUCUUCCCUUUGCCAAUGGUACACGACUGAUUGAUAUUGUGGCAGGCAAGGAUGCUAUCACGGUCAACAACGGCACCGCUGAUAUCGUCAUUGAUGACGGUGCGUGUGUCGAGUUGUGUCUUGCGCCCUCCCCUGUUCGUCCACGACCGUUGCUUUGUUAUGGCCCCUCGGUGUAG